AUGGCAUACGACCUGAAUACUGAGACAUGGUGCGAGUAUGGCAUUGGCAUAUUCUUCCUGCUGCUGCGGCUUAUAGCACGCCUGAAUAUGGGAGGAAUCCGUGGGCUGCGACUCGAUGAUGCCUUUGCAACACUGGCCAUGAUAUUCUUUACGCUUCUGACCGUGAAUAUCUACGAGAUGAACAUACUCGGAACCAACAUUGGACUCAACGCAGAGACCGCAAUGGCUGUUCCGGAGAGCCAGUGGGAUAGUAUGAUCCUGGGCUCCAAGCUGGCGUUCAUGAAUUGGAUCUGGUACAUUUGUUAUAUAUGGUGCUUGAAGGGAGUCCUUCUCUGCCUUUACUGGAAGCUCACUGCAGGAACAUGGCACCGACACUUGGUUGUUGGUUCUUCGGGCUUCUGUGUUGUUAUCUGGCUGGCAUGCCUGUUGACGCACGUCUGCAUGUGCACGCCAACCUACCGCAACUGGCAGAUCCAGCCAUAUCCAGGAGAUCACUGCACCCUCAGACAGCCUCUGUAUGUUGAGAUUGCCGUCUUCAACGUCUUAUCCGAUGUUUGCAUCAUUGUCAUCCCUAUUCCCAUCCUCAUGAAGCUCCAAGUCCCCGUUCCACGAAAGAUUGUCCUGGCACUCAUGUUCUCAUCCGGUUUCUUCAUCAUGAUCUGCACCAUCCUCCGUGCCUACUACUCCCUCGCCAGUAUCACCAGUCUCCCGAUUGCCCUUGGCUGGGCCAGUCGUGAAUGCUUCGUCGCCGCCAUCGUCGCUUCAUUGCCAGGCAUUAAACCAUUAUUCCGCAACACCAAGAUCCUGGGGUCGUCGAACCGCAAGAAGUCGCACAAUUACUAUAACAGCCAGGGAUACAACAACUUUGGAUCGAAGGCAUCGGCAAACACCAAGACAUUUGCUUCGAGACGCCGCGGCAGCCGUGGGGGGAACUUCGAACUGGACAGUGUCCUGAAGACGGGGAACAUGGACACUCGUGUCUCGACCGGGGACAGUGAGGAAUAUAUCCUGGAGAGCGCGAAGCAUGAAGGCAAUUCCACACGGCGACAGCCCAAUAAUGAUCUGGCUAUCCAUGUGACGACGGAAUACUCGCUCCAGACAGAGCACCAGCGAUGA